AAGCUAACACGUCACAUAGCUUUUGUAAAAGGCUAAAGGUAGCGCCAAACCGCAACUGAUUUGAUGCCACACAGGGCCUUGGUCAGUAGCAACGAAGCCCAGAUCGGUGCCCCAAUUCCGAUUCCCAGCCCUACAGAAUCCAAACCCUCCUCAGCGAAGUUCAAGUACCGACGAAGAGGGGGCUUCGUUAGCCAUCAACGCCUCAUUUCCCCUCUUUCUGAAACGGAACCAACGGGAAGAAGCUCUUUAUCUUCUAUAAAUUGGUAGCAAGCUGCGAGAAGACGAAGGAGGGGACGAGAAGACGACGGAGGGGACGACACUAGCAGCUUCUACUUCAAUUUUAGUUCUUCCUCUUCUAAAGAUCAUCUUCUCUACAAAAAAAAACCCUAGAUUUGAUAUGUACUCGUUUAUGAAAUUGCCUCACUCAGUUUGAAGAGAAGACAACCUUUUCCAUGGAUGAUGGAGAAGUGCUUGAGGAUGCUAAAGAUUUGGACGAUGAUGAGGAGGUGAUUGUUCCAGACUCUGAAGAAGGGUACGAUGAUGAGGAGGUGAUUGUUCCAGGCUAUGAAGAAGGGGUCAAUGAUGAAGACUUGGUAGUUCUUGACUCCUUAGAUCUGGAUCUGAAGAUGUGGACAAUGAUGAAGAUUGUGAUGCUCAUGAGUCCCUAGAUUCGGACAAUGAAGGGGUGGAGCCUGCUGAAUUUCCCCUUCAAGCUCUAAGACAGCAUGCAAAGGGGCGUGAGAACCGUUUUAGGCAUGCAGCUGCUCUUCGAUAUGACCCCAAACUGGGGGAGUUAUUGGAAUGGUUUCACAACCCGGUUACGAAGGCAAUGAUUGUCAUCUACCUUCCAUGCUUUUUCGUCUAGGGAAAUAGCCUCUUUUCUUUUUCUGUAAGCCUACUAUGUUUCCUAUGUGGUUGUGGUCUAUGAUGAACCUCUAUUUGUGUUUGUAUCAUAUGACUAUCCUGACUGGUUA